UCUGUCUCCCCUUUCCGGGCCUGACUCCUCGCAGGGACGUCAAGGACUGCUGUCGAGAGCAGGAGAUCGCCCCGCCUGUCUGUCUCCCACGUCCGCACCCCCAGCCGGGCUUGCGGAGCCGGCUACCCCGGGCUGGAGCCUGGCGCUCCCUGGUCCUUCCUCAGUCAGCACCGACCCUGGCUGCAAGGGCCUCCCUUUGCUGCUUGGCGACCCACCUUUACUCCUUGCCCGCCGACUCCGGCCGCCGCCUGGUUCCGCCGGGGCUUUCGUGCCAGCUGCCGGCUCUGGGAACUGGCCUCUCCCCUCCUCUCUCUGCUGCCCUCGGCGACGCGCCAUCCGAACACCUCUUCCGCCCACCGCCCCCUAACGCUUGCUUUUCAGGCUCAACUCACAAUCCUCCCGCUUUUCUGGACAGCGCCUUGACUUUGUAGAUGCAUUUUUGUUUUGAGACGAAUAGCGAAAACUAGGCUUUUGACUUUCCAGUACUAGAAUUCCUCUUUCUUUCACUGCUGGGAGAUGUAGCAGGGGCUCUGAGCCACUGGCUGGCUGUCUAGGCAGUCAGCUGCACUUCCGUUUGCUUUAUGUGGAAUUCCGGCCCUGACCUCAUUAACUUUAGCUUCGUGUGUGUGUGUGUGUGUGUGUGUGUGUGUGUGUACCUGGUAGACUCAGAUCCUGAAUAGCUCCCACACAGCAAGCAUUACAAUUAAUUUGCUUCCUCUUUUCUCAAGAGGAAGGCAAGGCAAGACCAACUAACUACCCAGCAGCUGGGGUCCUGGGGGUGCCAUGCAAAAUGGCUCCGCUAGCCUUUGUGCUCAUCUGAGAAGAUCUCAGAGCUGAGUCAUCCUAACUGUCUACCUCGUCUGACUGGGCCAAGCUCCUGUGCCCAUUGCUCUUUGAUCUUUCCAAACUUGGAGGUAAGGGUUGCUGGAGCCCUGAUCCCUCAUGUGCCCACCUUCAGCCGUCAGGUGAAGCACCUAAGGUAAAGGAGUGAGAAAUGACCCUGAGCCAGACGUUCUUUUGAAAAGGCUAAAAGAGGCAGGUUCUUGUUCGGUGGCUGUUGCUUGCAUGGAUCAUGUGUUGUUCUCUAAAUCUUUGAUCACCGGUUGCUGCCAUGUCUAGACUUAUGCCGAGUCUGCCGAUGUGUGUAGUUCAUUUGGGGUUAGAUUUGGUAGGAUUCAAUGUUCUUUCUUUCCACUGGAAGACAGAACAUCAUCUCAGUUGUGAGUGACAUGUGGUACUCAUUGGGCCGAGGGUACACAGCAGCACCACAGUUGGAAGACCAGGCAGAGCAGUGAAAAGAAGACGGUCAAGUUUUCUGCUGGGCCUGGAAACGUCCAUGCUUGACUCUGUUGCUGACCUCAUUGACCCCAACUUCCCCAAUCAAAACUCAAGGCCUACUGCUGGUCUGGCACUUUCAAGCCCUUUGUUCCUUGAGUACCGAUACCCACAUGGCAGGAAUGACCACCAUGCGCUUGAACUCCCUGCUGGCUCUCCUGCGACCAGCACUACCCCUCAUCCUAGGGCUGUCCCUGGGAUGCAGCCUGAGUCUUUUGCGGGUCUCCUGGGUCCAGGGUGAAGGGGAAGAUCCCUGUGUAGAGAUUUUAGAAGACCUGGGAAGGUCUCAGAACCUGGACUCAAGGAUUCGACAGGACCACAGUGAUGACUUCAAACCUCGAGUUGUCCCCUACUACAGGGAUCCCAACAAGCCCUACAAGAAGGUGCUCAGGACCCGGUAUAUCCAGACCGAGCUGGGCUCUCGUGAGCGGUUGCUUGUGGCUGUCCUGACUUCCCGAGCCACGCUGUCCACUCUGGCUGUGGCUGUGAACCGCACAGUGGCCCACCACUUCCCUCGGUUACUCUACUUCACUGGGCAGCGAGGGGCCCGGGCUCCGGCAGGGAUGCAGGUGGUAUCUCAUGGGGAUGAGCGGCCAGCCUGGCUCAUGUCGGAGACUCUGCGCCAUCUGAACACAUACUUUGGGGCCGACUAUGACUGGUUCUUCAUAAUGCAGGAUGACACGUAUGUGCAGGCCCCCCGCCUGGCAGCCCUUGUCGGCCACCUUAGCAUCAACCAGGACCUGUACCUGGGCCGUGCUGAGGAGUUCAUUGGUGCUGGGGAGCAGGCCCAAUACUGUCACGGUGGCUUUGGCUACCUGCUCUCACGGAGUCUGUUGCUCCGGUUGCGGCCACACCUUGAUGGCUGUCGAGGAGACAUUCUCAGUGCCCGCCCUGAUGAGUGGCUCGGCCGCUGCCUCAUUGACUCUCUGGGGAUUGGCUGUGUCUCCCAGCACCAGGGGCAGCAGUACCGCUCAUUCGAACUGGCCAAAAACAGGGACCCUGAGAAGGAGGACAGCUUGGCUUUCCUGAGGGCUUUCGCAGUACACCCUGUCCCUGAGGGAGCUCUGAUGUACCGGCUGCACCAGCGCUUCAGUGCUCUGGAGUUGGAGCAGGCUUACAAUGAAAUAGAACAGCUACAGGCUCAGAUCCGGAACCUGACAAUGCUGACCCCUGAGGGGGAGGCGGGUCUAAGCUGGCCCGUUGGGCUCCCUGCCCCUUUUACACCACACUCUCGUUUUGAGGUGCUGGGCUGGGACUACUUCACCGAGCAGCACACCUUUUCCUGUGCAGAUGGGGCUCCCAAGUGCCCACUGCAGGGGGCAAGCAGGGCGGACGUGGGUGAUGCUGUGGAGACUGCCUUGGAGCAGCUGAACCGGCGCUAUCAGCCCCGCCUCCGCUUCCAGAAACAGCGGCUCCUCAACGGCUACCGGCGCUUUGACCCAGCCCGGGGCAUGGAGUACACCCUGGACCUGCUGCUGGAAGCAGUGACUCAGCGUGGGCACCGGCGGACUCUGGCCCGCAGGGUCAGCCUGCUGCGGCCACUGAGCCGUGUGGAGAUCCUGCCCAUGCCCUAUGUCACUGAGGCCACCCGUGUGCAGCUAGUGCUGCCUCUCCUGGUGGCUGAAGCUGCUGCAGCCCCUGCUUUCCUGGAGGCCUUCGAAGCCAGUGUUUUGGAACCACGAGAACAUGCUCUGCUCACCCUGUUGCUGGUCUAUGGGCCCCGGGAAGGUGGCCGAGGGGCCCCUGACCCGUUUCUUGGGGUCAAGGCUGCAGUCACUGAGUUAGAGCGGCAGUACCCCGGGACAAGGCUGGCCUGGCUUGCUGUGCGAGCUGAGGUCCCGUCCCAGGUUCGGCUCAUGGACGUGGUCUCUAAGAAGCACCCAGUGGACACCCUCUUCUUCCUCACCACUGUGUGGACCAGGCCUGUGCCUGAAGUCCUCAACCGCUGCCGCAUGAAUGCCAUCUCAGGCUGGCAGGCUUUCUUUCCAGUGCAUUUUCAGGAGUUCAACCCCACCCUGUCACCACCAAGGUCACCCUCGGGGCCCCUGGGCGCUGGCCCUGACCCUCAGUCCCCUCUUGGUGCUGACCCUUCCCGGGGAGCUCCUGUUGGGGGCAGAUUUGAUCGGCACGCUUCUGCUGAGGGCUGCUUCUACAACGCAGACUACCUGGCGGCCCGAGCACGGCUGGCUGGGGAACUGGCAGGCCAGGAAGAGGAGGAAGCCCUGGAGGGGCUGGAGGUGAUGGAUGUUUUCCUCCGGUUCUCAGGGCUCCACCUCUUUCGGGCCGUAGAGCCAGGGCUGGUGCAGAAAUUUUCUGUGCGGGACUGUAGCCCCCGGCUCAGUGAGGAACUCUACCACCGCUGCCGCCUCAGCAACCUGGAGGGGCUGGCGGGGCGUGCCCAGCUCGCCAUGGCUCUGUUUGAGCAGGAGCAGGCCAAUAGCACUUAGCACACUGGACACGUCCUGUCCCUCCUUGGACUUCCUUGCCUUUUCUGCCUUUGGCCCCGGGUAGAGACAAAGACAGAUGGACGAUGGGGAGCUGGUUGCUGUAUUUUUCUAAUAAGAAUAUACUAUUAAAGGUGUCUUCUGACAAA